UAUCAGUCGUUAUCCAUGUGUGAUUGAGCCGCGCUGUGUUCUCGUUACAGCUGUUUGCAUUGGUUCCUCUUAUCAUCUGAAAGGCCGACAACUCUGACUCAAACAAAAGGGGAAAUGAAAAAAAAAGUUCCAGCUUGGCUGGUUUUUUAUCUGAAACUGUAACCGGAAGUGUGACGUCGAACUGUGGAAUAAAUUGACGACUUGUCCCGUACUUACUCGUUCUUGUCUGCGUGGAAAAGUGUCGUAUUUGUAUUGAGGGUCUACAUUCGAGUGAUUGUUUUAAGAAUUUUUUUUUCGCAGAAACUUCAGUGUCGUCCAUGUCUUUUUCAACCGAGGUUUUUUGACGGGUGUCUGGACUCGACACCCGCUUAGCGCUAGCAUCAGCUAACGGAUAAGCGUUAUAACUUUUGGUUGCGACACAAUUUGGAAAUAUAAGUUUUUUAUCUCAUUUUUGUAAAUAUUCAAAGUCCGGCGUGUUGGAUGUGAUGCCAGGAAAGAUGAGGAUUAGAAUUAGUAGCUAACAUUCCUUUCUGUCUUGUCUCCCCAAGUCCCCUAGUUCCUCCUCCUUAUCUCGGCGCCUCUGGGGCCGAGCGGCGGCUCCUGUGCUCGGUUUCAUUUUCCGCUCCCAUGACGCUUACCAGACGCACAGACUUCUACUUCCUCCACAGCACCUGUAAGGUGGUGGUACUACUCUGCUUGGUCCACAUUUCUGUCACCCUCGUGUUCUAUGUCCGCUCCUUGGACCUCCGCUUUGCCUUUGCUCAGAACCAACAGUCCGGCGGCAGCAGCAGUAGUAAUGUGAGCCAGCGAAACCAGGUCCAAGACUCCAGGAUCACAGUAGUGACCACGACCCGGAGUCAGCAACUUAACGUCGCAGUCCAACAGAAGUCUCAGCCCGAUGUUAAGAAGCUAGAAAAAUGUCCUGAAACCUCACCCCUGCUGGUGGGCCCUCUGCGGGUGGAGUUCAACUUACCUGUCACCUUUGAGGACACCAAGAAGGCCAACCCUAAAGUUGGUCCCGGUGGACAUUACCAACCCCCUGACUGCGUGCCAGAGCAGAAGGUGGCUGUCAUCAUACCGUUUCGUAAUCGUGACGAACAUCUAAAGUACUGGCUGUACUACCUUCAUCCUAUCCUGCAGAGACAGCAGUUGUACUAUACCAUAUUCGUCAUCAAUCAGGAGGGCACAGGCAAAUUCAACAGGGCCAAGCUGCUGAAUGUGGGCUAUGUCGAAGCGCUAAAGGAUGACAACUACGACUGUUUCGUCUUCAGCGAUGUCGAUCUGAUCCCCAUAGACGACCGCAACACCUACAAGUGCUUCAGUAACCCACGACAUCUGUCUGCUGCCAUGGACAAGUUUGGCUUCAAGUUACCCUAUAAUCAGUUCUUUGGGGGCGUGUCCUCCAUGAGUAAACAACAAAUCCUUAAAAUUAAUGGAUUUCCCAAUAACUACUGGGGCUGGGGUGGAGAGGAUGAUGAUAUCUUUAACAGGCUGGUGUUCAGUGGCAUGUACGUGUCCAGGCCGAGUGCAGAGAUCGGAAAAUGUCGCAUGAUCCGACAUACUCGCGACAAACUGAAUGAGGACAACCCUCAGAGGUUUGACAGAAUCGCUCACACCAGAGACACGAUGAGAAAAGACGGGCUCAAUUCUUUGACGUACAAAGUGGUGAAAAAGGAAACAUUUGAUCUUUUUACUGAAAUCACAGUGGACAUUGGGAAACCCUGAGGAGGUGCUCACCAUGUUGAACAUGGUCAUGUGACACUUGAAUGUUUGGGUUCUGGACACAGAGCUUGACUCAGUCGUUUCUAUAUUUCUUGUUUUUGCACAAACUUUUUUUUCUUUUGAGGACUUGCCUGUGAUUGGACACUGGCUAAUCAGAAGCCUCUGCUGCUGUGACAUAAAACAAAUCAAAGGGGCUGGAUCACAUGGUCUAGUCACUUGCUGGUGGGGAAUAUUUGGCAAUAAUGAGUAGGCUCUUAUCAUUUUCUCUUGACAUGGUAGACUGACUCAGGAUCAGCUGCAUGCGUAAAUUAAUCAAUUACUAAUUGAUUGUAUCUCCAAGUGUCCUUAUAAGAGCUGGAACCAAAGAUAAGAGUCUGUGUGUGCAUGUGUGUGUUUCUCUUUAAACCACAGUUUUGUCUUUUGUUUUUGUCUAUAAAGUGAUCAUGUUCCUCUGUGCCUUAAACUCAGUCCACUGAUUAAUACUAUGGGAUAUUGGCUGGCUGUCUUUGAUUGAGUGGUCCUUUAUGGAUCACAGGUGUGAUUGUAUUUCACUUCAUUAAAUCCACUUUAAUAGUUUUAAAUCAA